AAAGGCUUUCAGGAUCAUAGUUGACGCUUAUCUGUAUAUACGCUGAACAGCUGUCUGACAGAAGUCAGCGGCUUUGACCUUUGGACAGUCGACUCUCCGAGACUCAGGGAACCCAGCAAACAUGGGCGUUGACGUCAGGACGACUGUUCAGGGCUCCGGCGCCCAGCCCCAGAGGGGCCAGACCGUUGUCGUCCACUACACGGGCACUCUGACGGACGGCAAGAAGUUCGACAGCAGCCGUGAUCGCGGCGAGCCGUUCCAGUUUCGCCUGGGGAUGGGCGAGGUCAUCCAGGGCUGGGACGUUGGCGUCGGCCAGAUGCGCGUGGGCCAGCGCGCUGUCCUGACCAUCUCCUCUGACAUGGCCUACGGUCCUCGCGGCAUCCCCGGCGUCAUCCCGCCCUCCGCCACCCUGGUGUUCGACGUCGAGCUGCUGGGCAUCAAGUAAGCGGCCCCGCAACAGACGGAAUCCCCUUUGACGGAAUCCCCAGCAACAUGCGAGUGUGGUGCGGCUAGCGGUUAGCCGUUGCGCCAUUCGGGCCGCAGAAGCUUACGUGGGCCGCGGGCUGUGGACUAACCGUUUAGCUGCAUCCCCCUAUUGAGGCCACUGGUCGUUGGGUCAACCGCCACUUGCCAACGGGCGCUGUGUGGCAGGGCGUGAUACUGUAGUGAGGAGGUUGCCUCGACGCUAGAUGGCUAGGCGCGCCUUAGGCCAGGAGCUGCGGAUGCGAAGCCGCCUGUUGGUUUUGAAGAAUUGUCAGUGCAUUGUGUCGUCCAGUGCGAUGACAGCAAUCCUGAUUGAAGAACUGUGCACGACGGAUGUGUUUUGAGGCAGCCGCUGUUGACUUCUGCACUGCUUGAGUCUGCUUUGGUUCCCGCAUACGCGCACGCAUGGGUCAGCGCUAGGCAGGCUGGGCGAGUGUGCAGGGUAGCUGUCACCAGGAGUUGUCUGUGGGUGGGGCCAUGCAUGUUGUUGGCAUGUUGGGGGCUUCGACGGUUGCGUUGGCACACGCGCAUCUGC